GAACGAUCAUUAAUAGAUUUAAAUAAAGCUUUAGAAGUUUCUUCCGAUGAUAAAAUAAUCUUUGCUCAUCGUUCAGAUGUAUAUCACAUAUUAGAACGUCAUGAGGCACUUGAAGAUCUCAAUGUUUUAUUAAAAACUGAUUCAUAUGAA